AUGAACCGUAGAAUCAGAGCAUCUACCAAACCCUUCUCCUCUUCCUCUCCAACCAGAUCUGAGCCUUUCCACUUCCACAACUACCUUAAACCAGGUGCCCUAGCCCAAAUCCGUGACUCCCGAAUCAUCGCCCACCGACUCAACUCACUCUACCUCCUCUCCUCCUCCAUCUCUCUCCACCGCACGUCAUCUCCACCGUCCUCCAACGCUACCGCUCAACAAACUCCGGUCAACGCCUUCACUGACGAUAUCCCCUGCUUCUCCGGCAGGAUCUACGGCCCGCGCUGUCCCCAGAGGAAGAAGCUCGUGGCGGCCAAGUCUGUGCUUUUCCUCAACCCGAUCCCUAACUCGGUCCAAGACUCGCCCGAUUCGCUCAGUAAUGACAUUCUCCUCGCUCAUUGA